UGGACGAGCUACAGAGGGGAGCGAAUUUCUUCUUUAAAAUUUGUUGAUACGACAUCGUUCUCUUGUACUUAUAUGUUGUCUUUUUGCCUCAAAAUCGACCCGCGCAGAACACCGAGUUUAAUAAACGAUAAAAAAGUAAAAACCGUCUGAUUAUAAAGGUCGGCCAAACUAACCGUAUCGGUAGGAGUACACCCCAGAACGGCGGGAUUGUUUUACACUUGGCGAAUCCUCGUUGGUCCUCUUUCUCGAAUGAUUUAACCCUGAAAAAACGAAGAAAAUUAAUGAAAAUCAUAUAUAAACGAAAAAAAAUUAAUAAUUUAUAAACAGAGAAAGGAAAGAGAGUUUGGCUUAGAGAGAGAAAGUGAAAGGAAAAGAGAGAUACCUGUCGAUCAAGGACUGUUUGAUUUGUUUGAUCGGAGAAUAGAGUUUUAGUGGCCGGAAUAUUCAGCGGCGUAACAAUAAUUUGCUUUGAUCUCGGUGCCGCAAUCGGUCUGAUCUCUCAGAGGCUGUUUCAUUUGCUUAUUUUUUGUUUGGGAGAGCUGAGAAGAUGGUGAAUUCUAUGGUGGAGAGAGCCACGAGCGACAUGCUGAUCGGGCCUGAUUGGGCCAUCAAUAUCGAGAUCUGUGACGUGCUUAAUCGCGACCCCGGGCAAGCAAAGGAUGUUGUUAAAGGCAUAAAGAAACGUAUCGGAAGUAAGAAUUCGAAAGUUCAACUUCUUGCCCUAACUUUGUUGGAGACGAUCAUAAAGAAUUGUGGGGACAUUGUCCAUAUGCAUGUGGCGGAGAGAGAUAUUCUUCAUGAUAUGGUUAAAAUAGUCAAGAAGAAGCCUGACUUUCAUGUCAAAGAGAAGAUAUUGAUUCUAAUAGAUACUUGGCAAGAAGCUUUUGGAGGACCGAGGGCAAGAUAUCCACAAUAUUUUACAGCAUACCAGGAGUUGUUGCGGGCUGGGGCAGUAUUUCCUCAGAGAUCGGAAAGGUCUGCUCCUGUCUUCACUCCACCUCAAACACAACCUCUAUCUUCUUAUCCUCAAAAUAUUCGAAGAGCUGAUGAUCACCGAGAGGCAGCGGAGUCUUCUGCAGAACCUGAUUACCCAACUUUGAGCUUGACAGAAAUUCAAAAUGCACGUGGUGUUAUGGAUAUCCUUUCAGAAAUGCUAAGUGCAUUAGAUCCAAGCAACAAAGAGGCUGUUAGGCAGGAUGUUAUUGUUGACUUGGUGGAACAGUGCUGGACAUAUAAACAAAGAGUGGUACAUCUUGUUAAUUCAACUGCAGAUGAAUCACUGCUAUGUCAAGGCUUAGCACUGAAUGAUGACUUGCAGCGUGUACUAGCCAAGCAUGAAUCAAUUGCUGCGGGGAAAUCUGCUCCAGUGGAGAAGCCAAAGCCUGCACCUAGUGGGGCACUAGUAGAUGUAGAUGCUACCAAACAGCCGGAUGGGAGGUCGACCUCAAGUAGUGGUGCUGAGGCUCAACCACUGAAUCAAUUAUUGCUUCCUGCCCCUCCUGCUACUAAUGGUCCAACUCCUUCAAUGCCUGUCAAUCCCAAAAUGGACCUUCUGAGUGGUGAUGACUAUGGCUCACCAAAGGCAGACAAUUCAUUGGCUCUGGUUCCUGUGGGACAGCCACAACCAAACAGUGCUGCAUCUUCUCAGCAGAAUGCCCUUAUUCUCUUUGAUAUGUUUUCAGAUAGCACCAACACUUCAAAUUCUGUCAAUGCACAGUUUUCCAAUAUGGCUGGACAAUCAAAUCCUUUGUCCCCGCAACAAAAUGUUUCAGCCCCUCAAUUCCAGCCGCAGAAUUUUCAAACUCCAGAAGCUGCGUUUUUCCAAAAUGGAAGUGUCCCAGACAUGGGAUCACCUCGGUAUGAGCAGUCGCUUUAUGCACAAGGCAACGGCCUUGCCUGGAAUGGUCAGCUUCCCCAGCAGCAGCCACACUCACCAUCAUAUGGUAUGCAAAGCAGUGGGUCACUGCCACUGCCUCCCUGGGAAGCUCAGGCAGUUGACAGCCCGACAGCUGGUUCACAAUACCCUCAGCCAAUGCAAGUUACUCAGGUGUCUGUUACGCAGUAUCAGCCUGUGCAGAGUGGCAUGCAUCCACUAGGGCAUCAACCUGCAGGUAAUGAACAGUUAGUUGGCAUGUAUAUUCGGCCUAUCACAAGCGGUCAUUUUUCGGCAAUCAACAACCAGGCCAUGCAGAGCAAUCAGAUAGUUGGGUUCAAUCCCCAAUCUGUCCAUGGUGGGCAGUAUAUGGGCAUGCUUCCACAGCAAAUGCAAGCCAACCAAAUGGCUUCUAUGUAUCCACAACAAAUGUACGGCAACCAAAUGCUGGGAUACGGCUAUGGUCAGCAGCAAGGGACUCAGUAUCUCGAGCAGCAAAUGUAUGGGUUGUCCGUUAGAGAUGACAGUGCAUUGAGAACACCUUCGUAUCAGGAUUCCACUUCCUCUUACUUGCCACCCAUGAAGAAGACCUCAAAACCAGAGGAUAAGUUAUUUGGGGACCUUGUUGACAUGGCUAAAUUAAAGCCAACAAAGCCCACUGGAAGAACUGGUAGCAUGUGAAACCUUGACUGGUUUAGCAUUUUAUUUUCUAAUUUAUUUUUUUGUUUGCUAACUUGCUUCCUUCUUUUAUUUAUUUUUAAAAUUUUCUAUAUAUAUAUGUAUUCUUCUAUUUUGGUCAUUUUGAUGCAAUUACUUUGUUCCUCGUUUGGCAUUGGAAUCAUGUACAUUGCUUGUAGAGAAAACCUAAAAAAGAAAAAAAAGAGUUGACAGUGUAGCUGGAAGCGGAGAUUCUCUUGGAUUUCUGGAUAUUUUAUUCAUUUAAUUUUUUUCAGAAUUUUAUGAAUAAGAUGCUGUGGCAAGUGUUUGCAGCUUUAGGCUCUUUA